AGGUAGACGAGAGAAACUCGUCAGCUGCGAAUUAUGUCAUAGCCGCCGAGGAAUGGAGUCGAGAGCGUUUCCUCUGCUGGCUGAUUGACAGCUCUCGCAUGGAAAGGGAGCCUAUAUAACGCCGACGAGCGAGCCGCUGGAAAGCCACUUAAAGGACUCCCCGCCAGAGGCAAAGCGGGGGUUUUCCACACCCCCACCAAGGACUGCCUUUGGAAGGAGUUCGGCUUUGCGCGCGUCCACAGACAGGCACUUUAGCUUGGAUUCCUCGGGGAGUGGAUUUGUGAGCGGCAAGUCGCAGAGCAUCACUGGAGACCUUUGGGGCCAGGCAUUAUGGUGCACAGGAGCUGGCUGUUGUGGCUAACAGUUUUGCUAACAUCGUGGAUGUCAUCAAAGGCUCAAGAUGGUGACAGAGAGGAUGAGACGACUUUUGACUUACUGCAAAUCAGCAACAUAAACAGGAAGACAAUUGGAGCAAAAAUGUUUCGGGGGAACAUUUCCAGUGGCCCAGCAUACCGUUUCAUCCGGUUUGAUCACAUACCUCCCAUUAAUGCGGAAAAAGCAGAACAAAUUAUUAAACUGAUCCAGCAAAAUGAGGGUUUUAUCCUCACCGCCACCGUGAGGCAGGAUAGGAAGUCCAGGGGCACCCUCCUUGGUCUGGAAGGAUCUGGUAUCUCUCAGCGACAGUUUGAAAUUAUUUCUAAUGGCCGAGACAAUACCUUGGAACUUUCCUACUGGGUAGAUGGCUUCCGGAAGGUGUUUCCUUUGGAAGAUGUGGACCUCGCUGAUUCACACUGGAAGAAUAUCACAGUGCAAGUAACAGGAGAAAACUACAGUCUCUAUGUGGGCUGUGACCUCAUUGACAGCCUAACCCUGGAGGAGCCUUUCUAUGAACACCUGAAAGCAGAGAACAGUAGAAUGUAUGUGGUAAAAGGAUCUAUCAGAGAGAACCAUUUCCGGGGUCUCCUACAAAAUAUUCACUUGAUUUUUGAAACUUCAAUAGAGGACAUUUUAUACAACAAAGGAUGCCGGAGGGGCCAGUCAGCUGAAGUGAAUACCAUCAAUGAGAGCACAGAAAUUCUUCAUCUUAACCCUUCCAUCAUGACAGAAUAUGUUGGUGAAAAGACAGAGAAGAAGGCAGAGUUCUGUGAUCGCUCUUGUGAGGAGCUUGGAUCUAUGUUUACUGAACUCACUGGACUGCGUAUCGUUGUCAAUGGCUUAACAGAAAAUCUACAAAAAGUGUCUAAGGAGAAUGAAAUCAUGUGGGAAUUACUUGGCCCCAACAAAACACUCAGGAACCAGUCAGCUUGCUGGCAAGAUGGACGUGAAUUUGCAAAUAAUGCACAGUGGGUCGUGGACAGCUGCACAAAGUGUACCUGCCAGGACUCUAAGACAAUAUGUCAUAAAAUCACAUGCCCAGCAGUGCACUGUGUCAGCCCAUUAUUUAUUGAUGGCGAGUGUUGUCCUGUCUGCUCUUACCCUGAUGACAGUGAAGAGGGCUGGUCUCCAUGGUCUGAGUGGACAGAAUGUUCUGUCACUUGUGGUUCUGGAACCCAGCAGCGAGGAAGGUCAUGUGAUGUCACCAGCAACACUUGCCGAGGCCCAUCCAUUCAAACCAGAAUCUGUUCCACUGGCAAAUGUGACAAUCGCAUACGUCAGGAUGGUGGCUGGAGCCAUUGGUCCCCUUGGUCUUCCUGUUCCGUGAGCUGUGGAAUAGGCAAUAUAACUCGCAUACGACUCUGCAACUCCCCGAUCCCACAGAUGGGUGGGAAAAGCUGUAAAGGCAGUGGCCGGGAAACAAAAGAAUGUGAAGGAGUCCCAUGUCCAAUCAAUGGUCGAUGGGGCCCUUGGUCUCCAUGGUCUGCUUGUACAGUUACAUGUGGAGGAGGGAUUCGAGAAAGGUCUCGCCUCUGCAACAGUCCAAAACCUCAGUAUGGUGGAAAGGCAUGUGUGGGAGAUGUCAUGCAAUAUGAUAUGUGCAACAAACAGGAUUGCCCAAUAGACGGAUGUUUGUCAAAUCCUUGCUUUCCUGGAGCAGAAUGCAACAGUUACCCUGAUGGUUCUUGGUCCUGUGGCCCAUGUCCUGCUGGUUACCUUGGAAAUGGAACAUUCUGUGAGGACCUGGAUGAGUGUGUGGUAGUGCCAGACAUUUGCUUUAAAUUAAACCAGAACCACCGUUGUGUAAACACAAAUCCAGGAUUCCAUUGCUUGCCAUGCCCUCCACGCUACAAAGGAACUCAGCCUUAUGGGGUGGGCCUUGAGGCUGCCAAGAAAGAAAAGCAAGUAUGUGAACCUGCAAACCCUUGCAAAGAUAAGACACACAACUGCCACAGAUCUGCCGAGUGUAUCUACUUGGGACAUUUCAGUGAUCCUGUAUACAAAUGUGAAUGUCUGAUAGGCUAUGCUGGAGAUGGAUUCAUCUGUGGUGAAGAUUCGGAUCUUGAUGGAUGGCCCAAUAAUAACCUGGUCUGUGCUGCCAAUGCUACUUAUCACUGCAUAAAAGAUAACUGUCCUCUUCUGCCUAAUUCUGGGCAAGAAGACUUUGAUAAAGAUGGAAAAGGUGAUGCCUGUGAUGAGGAUGAUGACAAUGAUGGUGUAGAGGAUGAUAAGGACAAUUGUCCUCUUCUUUUCAAUCCCCGUCAAUUUGAUUAUGACAAGGAUGAAGUUGGUGACCGCUGUGAUAACUGCCCUUAUGUGCAUAAUCCUGCUCAGAUUGAUACCAAUAAUAAUGGAGAGGGCGAUGCAUGCGCAGUGGAUAUUGAUGGAGAUGAUGUUUUCAAUGAACGAGAUAAUUGCCCAUAUGUCUACAACACAGACCAGACAGAUACAGAUGGGGAUGGAGUUGGUGAUCAUUGUGAUAACUGUCCACUGGUGCACAAUCCUGAUCAGACUGAUAUAGAUAAUGACUUGGUUGGUGACCAGUGCGACAACAAUGAGGACAUAGAUGAAGAUGGUCACCAGAACAACAAAGAUAACUGUCCUUACAUUCCCAAUGCCAAUCAGGCUGAUCAUGACAAGGAUGGUAAAGGGGACGCUUGUGAUUCCGAUGAUGACAAUGAUGGGAUCCCAGAUGACCGAGACAACUGCCGCCUAACGUUCAAUCCUGACCAAAAGGAUUCAGAUGGUGAUGGCAGAGGUGAUAUCUGCAAAGAUGAUUUUGACAAUGACAGAGUCCCUGAUAUCCAUGAUGUAUGUCCUGAAAAUGAUGCCAUUAGUGAGACUGAUUUCAGAAAGUUCCAAAUGGUCCCCCUGGAUCCUAAGGGAACAGCUCAGAUUGAUCCAAAUUGGGUCAUUCGUCACCAAGGCAAAGAACUAGUACAGACUGCUAACUCAGAUCCUGGCAUAGCAGUAGGUUAUGAUGAAUUCAGUUCUGUUGACUUCAGUGGUACAUUCUACGUUAACACAGAUCGGGAUGAUGAUUAUGCUGGAUUUGUUUUUGGCUAUCAGUCCAGCAGUCGCUUCUAUGUCCUGAUGUGGAAACAAGUUACUCAGACUUAUUGGGAGGACAAGCCCACCAGAGCUUAUGGUUACUCUGGAGUGUCACUGAAAGUAGUAAACUCUACAACUGGUGUUGGAGAACAUCUGAGAAAUGCCCUUUGGCAUACCGGAAACACACCCGGACAGGUGCGCACCCUGUGGCAUGACCCUAAGAAUAUUGGCUGGAAAGAUUAUACUGCCUACAGGUGGCAUUUGAUCCACAGGCCCAAGACGGGAUUAAUAAAGGUAUUAGUAUAUGAAGGGAAGCAGAUCAUGGCAGAUUCUGGACCAAUCUAUGACAACACCUAUGCUGGUGGGCGGUUAGGUCUUUUUGUGUUUUCACAAGAGAUGGUAUAUUUCUCUGACCUCAAGUAUGAAUGUAGAGAUGUCUGAGCUAAGGGUGUUGCAUAAUCAACAAAGUACUGUAGAUGCUAUUCAACCUAGACACCUCUGUACAUCCUGGUACUUCAAGCCCCUCACUCUCCUUUCAUCUCUCCUUUUGGCUCAUUCCCCUGACUUUCUACUUCCAUGCCACCAGAAGAGAUGCCUCUAAUCCGAUCAAAAGUGCCUUUGAAGAGCAUGGACUGGCAGGGCCUUAAUGUGAGCAUUGAAUCCACCGCUGAAGUAAGAGCAGAUUGAUAUGUAGAAUGGAAAAUAUGGCAGACACAUUGUUCAUUGUUUAAAAAUGGUGUUUACAUUUAAAGCACUUAAUGUAUUUAAAAUACUUUAAUACUUAAUGUAUUUAUAUAAAUAUGGGAGAAGGGGGGGGGUCUUACAUCAAGUAAAGGAGAAAAAGCAACUUCUUAAGAAGUCCACAUUACUAUCUCAGAUCAGGGCUGGGCCUUGGUACCAUGAAGUCUAGGAGAUCAAUUUCAGCAAAAUUAGGAAGGACCAAACUAUCUACUCUCAUUAAUUAACAAGCCAUUAGAAAAUAUGGCAGGGCCAAACAAGAAGGUGGCUUAAUGUCCUUAAAAUGUUAUGAUUUUUCAAAGGUAUCGUGCUUGGAGAUUUUAGAAUAGAGCUCCCUCUUGCAAAAACAAAUACUAACGCAACAUUUUGUUUUGCUCUUGUAAGAGGUAUUAUAUGGCUUUUGUUUUUGAAUUUCAACAGUACAGCUGGGCAUCCCAAAGGAAUCUUUAGGUCUGAUAUUAAUUCUAGUAUAUGAGAAUGAAUUUGCAAGUAUUUUUAUGGAGGCAUACACUUGAGAAUGUUAUUUCAGAAUUGUUCAUCCAGUAAUGUGGAUUUCCUUGAAUGAAUCCACCAGUCUAGUUCAUAGAAAUGACUUUUAAGACUUCAGUAUUCAUUCACCAAUCCCACAAGGUGGAGAGCAGGGUUGUCAUAAAAUAACCCUAACAUGAAAAUUCUUUGUGUGUGUAUGUAUACACGAAAUUCUUCCACUUGGCUUCAUGAACAAACCAGUACUGCAUGAAAUCCUUCCAACAUCACAUAAUCAACAUUCUCUCUAGCUGUUCUAUUGACUUUAAUAGGACUGUACUGGAUGGACUCAACAAAAAUGGUUUAUGAAUCACUCUUUAAAAAAUGGGCUCCUCUUGUCCAAUUUACACUUUUCCAGUUUUAAUUUACAUUCCUCUUAUGUCUCAGAUCCAUAACCAGAGUUUCACUUUAUGCUGUGUAAUGUAGCACUAAUGAUUGUAUGGAAGAGUAUGUAGAGCUUGGCCAUUGUGAGUUUUAAACUCCUGAAACAUUACACAUUUAUUCAGUGCAGUCUUAAGAAAAGGGCCAAAUUAAACAUUACUGUUUUAAGGAGUUGGAUCCAGUUUCUCUGGACCCAGCUCAUAUACUCUACAGCUGCAUAGCGGCUCAGGCAAAGGCGUCUAAAAAAAAGGAAAGCCCAAAUUGGCUUGGAAUGGUGCUGUGGAGGGAAGAAGGGCUCCUGCCUCCCCACUGAAGCUGCUCGACAAGCACAGAUACUCCACAUGGAGCAACAGAAAUGGGGAAAUGAUCCCCCAGUGCUGUUUCACAAUGUGAAAUUGUUGGUUUCACAAUAUGAAACAGCCAGGAGGGGGGAAGCCUUUUAGCCACAAGGUAUAGAUAGGGA